GUUGCUUCUGAAUCAUAGCUCUUCAGCCAUGAAAGAAGUUCCUGAACUAAUUUCUGUUGAAGAGCCGUCUCUCCAGGAACCCAGUAGUACGGGCACAAACAAUGACGGCUUGAAUGAUCAUUCAGAUGGCAGUUCCGGGGUCGAAUAUAACCCACAAGACGCUUGGCUUCCCAUCACAGAAUCAAGAAAUGGAAGUAUUUAUUCUGCAGUGUUCCAUCUCCUGUGUUCAGGAAUCGGAUUUCCAGCCCUUUUACUUCCUGGUGAUUUGGCCUCACUUGGAUGGACAUGGGGAAUCAUAUGUUUGUCACUAGCAUUUUCAUGGCAACUCUACACCAUAUGGCUUCUUGUUCAACUAGCUGAAUCAGUUCCUGGAACUCGCUUCAGCAGAUACCUCUAUCUUGCGAUAUCUGCCUUUGGACCAAAACUAGGAAAAUUGCUCGCAAUAUUUCCUGUGAUGUACCUGUCAGGAGGGUCUUGCACCAUGCUGGUUAUCACGGGAGGUGGGAACAUUGAGUUAUUUUUCAGGACCAUCUUUAAUUGUGGGGCUGCUGGUGAUAGCAAAGACAGGACUGGUGCUGCAUGGUUCAUGCUGUUCACUUGCUUGGCGAUUGUUGUGGCUCGGUUGCCAAACUUGAACUCAUUGGCCAAGGUCUCAAUGAUUGGGGCAACCACAGCUGUUGGUUACUGUUCACUGAUCUGGGUUCUGUCCAUCAGCGAGGGUAGGCCCAGGCCCAGGCCCAAUGGAGAAUCUGAAGAGGUAAGAGAAUCAGAUAUGGCUAAGUUUGGGAAUACUGAUGCCAUUGGUACAAUUGUGCUUGCAUUUCGAGGUCAUAAUCUUGUGCUGGAAAUACAGGGUACAUUGCCUUCUAGCAGAAAAGAGCCAUCCUGCAAACUGAUGUGGAAAGGGGUCAUAAUUUCAAAUCUAAUAACAGCAAUGUGCUUAUUUCCACUAGCUAUAGCUGGAUUUUGGGCUUAUGGAAACAAGGUACCUGCACAUGGAGGGAUGUUGAGUGCAUUUUUGCACAUUCAUGGCCAUAACACCCCAAAAUAUUUGGUGGGCACAAUCUAUCAACUGGUAGUGAUAAACAGCCUGAGUUCAUUUCCAAUCUAUGCAAUGCCAGUUUUGGACAACUUGGAGUUCAAGUAUACGAUCAAGAAGAAGAAGCAGUGUCCAGGAUGGGUUCGGACAGGUUUAAGGGUUUUCUUUGGAGGUGUUGUGUUCUUGGUAGCAGUGGCAUUUCCAUUCCUGGGAAGCUUGGCAGCUCUAAUUGGAGGAAUUGCAUUGCCUUUGACUUAUGUUUAUCCAUGUUUCAUGUACAUUUCCAUCAAAAAACCCCGCCCAAAUGGUGCUAUUUGGUGGGUUAAUUUAGGACUUGGUUGCUUAGGAAUGAUUUUGAGUGUUAUGUUAGUUGUUGCAGCAGCGUGGAAUUUGCAUGACAAAGGCUUAAAUGCCAACUUCUUUAGGCCUUAAAUGACAAAUAUAUGUGGAGGAA